AUGGACUCCGAUUCAUGGGUUCGUCUAUCUACUUCUUCAAGACGUUAUCAAUCUCGAUCUGAUUUGUACCAUGGAGGAGAAGAGUUUGAUGGUGAUGAUGAGUCGAGGCCGGAGUUUCUGUGCCCGUUCUGUGCUGAGGAUUUCGAUGUUAGUUUGAUGGUGAUGAUGAGUCGAGGCCGGAGUUUCUGUGCCCGUUCUGUGCUGAGGAUUUCGAUGUUGUUGGGCUUUGCUGUCAUAUUGAUGAAGAGCAUGCGGUCGAAGCGAAGAGUGGGAGAUUACGUACAGCGCAAGAGGAGGUUCCGUAGGGGUGGAUUUAAUUCCACAUUUUCCAUAUCGAGGAAAGAGUUGCGGGAAGCAAAUCUGCAAUCGCUUCUUAGGGACUCUUCAUUCUUGAUUUCUUCCUCCAAUAGUGAACCCGAUCCAUUGUUGUCUUCAUUUAUACACAGUCGACCUGUAGUCAAUGAACCCACUGGUGUUCAACCUCAUUCUUCAGCUGGAUCAUGUGCAGUUGAAGCAAGUUCCGUUGAGGAUUCAUCCAAAAGAAAUAUCCAACAGUCUCCGCUGUCUGACAAAGACCUAGAAGAGAAAGCUCGGAAAUGCGAGUUUGUCCAAGGGUUGCUACUGUCCACUUUUCUUCACGAUGACUAG